CGCGCAUGGGUCCACAGGGUCAGCCAUUCAACCCGUGGGGCUUGAAGAGCUAUGAAGACGAUACUGGCCGAAAGCAUUCCUUCCGGUUCACUAGAAAUGGCCGCCCAAACACUCGGGAGGCAAGUGCGAGGGAGGUUCAUUUCUCCGUGAAAGCUUCUGCCGUGUACCUCUACGGUGCGCCAAAGCGGCAUUUAGAUAAACCUCUCAUCGCACAGCAGGAGGUGUGCGUCGGUGGAACUCAAUGCGGGAAAAUCGAAGCGGAGCGGGCGUAUUCGAAUGCUGAGCAAGGCGAGACCGUACUGAUCUGGUCCAUGGAGGGCCUCGAUCCUAGGAUCACUCAUUUCUUCAUCUUGAGGCUUAUUGAGGCAAGGGGUAUAGAUGACAGAACUAUGAGCUUACAUAGAAUCGAAUACGAGGCAGAACCCGUACAAAAAACUGUGUAUCCCCUUCCGCAAGGAGUUACGGUUUUGAAUAAGACCAUCAAAGAUACGGAUCAUGCUAUCGAGUAUCUUCCUCGACACUGCGAUUAUUUUGGUAACUGCAAAACCCCUUGGGAGUCAAGGAGCUUCAAUGUGAUCACUUGGGACAGGGAUGGUAGAAAUAAGAAAGUCGUAGAGGAGACUUUUGCGCUUGUCAAGACAGCAUUUGCGCCCUGGCAUUCUAAUGACGUUCCUCGUGCGGUCUUUAGGUUUACAGGCUCUGCGGUAUGCUUGUAUGGAGCUCCCAUCUCCCAGAUCGAUCAAGAGAUUCCCCACGCAGCCGAGGAGAUAUGCCUCGAUGGCGAAUGCGAAUACUUUGACUUACACCAGUCAUAUUUGAAUCCGAGAAUAGCAGGCUUCCUGGAGGAACAGGGAGGGAAAAAGCGUCCUGCUAUAUCCAAUCAAAUCGACUCUCAGCCUGAGUUUGGGUCCAUCAAAUCACAACUUGUUGGAGCGACCUCGGUCCGAUCCCCCAAUGUUGCUGACCGUUCGGUAUUCCUCUGGUCGAAGGAGGGCCUAAGGUACGAUGAAGAGCACGAGCUCAUCGUGCGAAUGAUCGACAGGAAUCCGAGCGGGGGCGGCAAGAUUUCUGCCAUUACAAUCGACUUCAUGACAUACACAACCGUUGAGGACCUCUCGUCGCCCUCGCCAUCUCACUCUUCCUUACCGUCAACAGUGCAUCCGUCACCCGAGUCCUCCGAAACGGUGCCUAUCCCCCAACCGUCCAACAUCGACACAAACCCCCAUCCCAAUCCACCAAGUUCUUCUGGUCCUGAUAGUGUCUACAAGACUCUAUUCUUCAUUAUGCUUUCCAUUUUCAUGGCCGCCGUCGGCGCUCUUGGGUACUGGUUCUACCAUAUGAGACGCGAUCAUCAGGACACCUUCUCCAGUCUUUUUGUCCCAUCGCAACCUCAAUCCCCACCACCUUCGGGCGGGCAUUCGGAGCGUACACAACUGCUUGGACCCGGCUCGCACCCUGGAUAUGCGCCACCUCUGCCGUAUUAUGGCAAUGCACUUGUCCCCGCUACUGAUGGGCGAGCCAUUUACUAUGGUUCAUCAAAUGCGUCCAAUCAUGAGACAAAUCGUCAAUUGCCAGUGCACUCCGUUAUACCCCAGCAGCCAUACCACUUGCCCUACAUUCCUGGAAUGCACCAACAACCGUAUUAUGUAGUUUUCGCGCCCCCUCAUUCCGGACAUGCCGCCUUUCCGGGACCUAGUCGUCCUUUGAGUACUGGCGUGGUAGACGAGGAAGAACCCAUGAAACCUUGGGAAUCUGAUUAAGCUAAUUCGAAGGAGAGACUGGUUACCAGCCCGCUCCACUCGUCGGAGUUUCCCAAGGCAUCAUCUGCGUUUCAGACACUAAAUAACAGAUCCGGAAAUCAUGACCCUCGAGCUGCUGGAUAGAUGAAUCCUCAUCCCUAGCAAUAGAUAGCCAGACAUCUCCAAGUCAUCUUCCUCUCUAGCACUGAUGUUUGUUUUUCAAAUUUGUACCACACAAUCCAUGUUUUCUUGUACACUAGUUUCUUCACACUGCGUACAUGUCAAUUCACGAUUUUCUGCAGCGACUACGAGUCUGUGCGACAUAUGCGGACUUGACUCGUUGCAAGCAGUCCCAACCCCAACUACACCCUUCACCAUGUAUGCCUGGGUGUUCAGAGCCGGCACAAUUAUAUCCCGUCCUCGGCAGAAAUGCAUGCGUACAGU